AUGAAGGUCAGCCAAGUUAUCAAGAGCGCACUUACCGCCGCCGCCCUCCUACAGAGCUCCGUUAUGGCUGCUGAAUGUGCGACGGUCGACUGUUCGCAGCGGGCAUUGACUUUUGCGUUCACUUAUGGCUACCCGAUUUAUCCCUACGGGCUGGCCGUUCGAGGUACCGACAACGCCACCACCAACACUCUCUUCCAUCAAAGAGACCUUGCCACGGCGGCGAAUACUUGGCUGGUGCGGCCGAAUGCCGACACGGUAUACUCUCGCGUGUUCCUCGACGUCUCCAACAAUGAUUUGGAAAUUACCAUCCCAGAGUUUGGAGAUCGGUACUGGAUCUGGCCCUUCUAUGACUUCUAUGGUAACAAUGUUGCCAACAUCGGAGCCAUCAACGGCAAUCCUGCUGGAAAAUACCUCGUCACCUUCAACAAGGACAACUGGGGCGUUCAAACGGAGAAUGUAGCUGCUCCCUACAAGGCGUAUAUCAACCUCCCUACUGCCUACGCCUUGACUCUGGCAAGAAUCCUCGUCGAGGCCAACUCGGACGACAUCGACGCGGUGCGCAAGCUCCAAGACGGAUUUGGCAUUGAGGAGAUUAAGCGCCGCCCCGGUCGCUGCAAGUCGAGCGUCGUGGCCCCCAAGCUAGACCUCAGCAUCUUCAGCAACCCCGAAUACAUGCCCGGGGAGGUGAAUUCGAUAGAGCAAUCGGUCCUCAAGCUUACCGCCAAGUUUGCCAAGUAUAACCCGCCCAUUGUUCCGGGAGAUCGGGCUUGGAUUGCGCAGCUACUCGAGCAGGCCGGCAUCCAGGAUGGGGUAUUCACUCAAGCAGCAGGUACCGACCUCACCGAAGCGUCUCGCGCUGCCAAUACCUCAGCUUCCGCUCUCCUCAGCCAGCCCGGAUUUCUCAUCAAUGUCGGCGGCAAUUGA